AUCCCAAUGCCAAAGGGAAAGGCCGAGCCGACGAAAAUAAAAAAGUCGCCAUCAGAUGAGAACGAACUCCAUUUGGAUUCUAUUUAGAAAAGUCUACAUUAAAUAUCCCUACAAAUUCACGGACAUGUCUCAAGAAGAGAACGAGAAAAGCUACACCUGGUCAACAAAUUCUGUGCAGGAUAUUUUUGAAGAAAAAUUGUCAUUUCAAUCACCGGAAUUUUCAACAAAGGUCUUUAGUGCAGAUUGUCCGUUUUCAGACACAUCAGAUGAGUAUUUUAAUGUCAAUUGGCGUUUGCUAAUAACAUCGGAACCAGAAUUGACAGAAAAUCCCGAGAAUGAAAAAACUGGAAAACAGAAUCAAUACAUAUCUCUCUUUCUUCGAAAAGUUAAAGAGACAUUUUUGCAUAUACCAAUUCUCAAAGUUACUUUUUCGAUCAUGCACCCUGUCGACGGAAAAAAGUUCAGCAAAUACAAAAUCCUUUUGGAUGUUAUCGAGAGACAGCACUACGGGUUUUCUGACUUCAUUAGCAUUUACGAAUUCGAAAAAUUGAAUCUCUCGAUUCUUUUAAUUAAAGUCAAAAUCGAAGAGUUGAAAAAAGACUUUUCCUGCUACACACCACUAUUAAAAAAUAUAAUAUCUAGCGAUGUAGUGUUACGUGUUGGCGACAAAAUGUAUCCGGGGCACAAAAUAAUUUUAGCGAUGAGCAGCAGAUUUUUCCAGGAAAAAUUCGGAAGCCAGGAAUCAGUUUCCUAUUUUCUAGUGGAAGAUACAGAACUAGAAAUCUUUGAUUUUUUGUUGGAAUAUAUUUACACGGGCAAGGUACACAAUUUGGAGGAACAAGCUUUUGCACUUUUUCAAGCUGCUACAAAAUACGAGAUUUGCGAUCUCAUUUCAGAAUGUGUAGAUGUUCUGAUUAGGGAUAUAAAACUGGAAAAUGUUAUUUCCAUUCUCUUGACGUGCAAGAAAGACUCUAGAAAUCCAAAAAUAACGAAAUUAAUUUGCGAUUGUACAAAGUUUAUUAGAAAUCACUUUGAAGACAUUAUGAAUUUGGAUCUUUGUACAGGCUUGGUAAAAACUGAACCACGUUACCUGGCAGAUAUUUUGAUAGAUAUCUGUACUUACAAAAUUAUAGGCUUCAUGCCAAUAAACGAAAUCUUAUCUUUAACAAAAAAUGAUGUUCCACGAUUAUGCCAAUGUAUGUAUUAUGAAAAUUUUUUCAAUAACGAGGCAAUGAAGGACGUAGACAUCUAUGUUGACGGAAAAAAAUAUUUUGCACAUAUUUUGGUUUUGGCUGCAAGAAGUCCCGUUUUCUGCAGAAUGUUUAGCCAUACGAUGAAGGAGUCCCUUUCAGGCGUGAUACACAUAGAUGAUGUCGAACCUGACGUUUUUUACGAAGUGCUACGAUUUAUGUACACUAAUAAAUUUGACGAGUCCAAGAACAUUGCACAGAAAAUUUUAGUUGCUGCAAACAAGUACGAAAUUGAUGAUUUAAAACUGUUGUGCGAAUGCAUUUUGGAGAAAAAAUUAGAAAAGUUGGAUGCUGUUGAUUUAAUGUAUUUAAUGACAUUUGCGGAAGAUCACAAUGCUAACAAGUUAAAGGAAAAAUGCCUUUUCUAUGUUUUACAAAAAGUAUGCUUUGAUGAGAACAUAAACAAAUAUAAAGUGAUGAUUGAAAGUGUAGCUAAGUCACAUGCACAUUUACUUUUAGAGUUAAUGGAAAAAUUGGCUUGGGUUAAAGAGGUUUUCAACUGAAAGGAACACUGAUGUUUGUCACCACUAAACUUCGAAACUACUUAACCAAUCUUGAUGAAAUUUUGUAUACUGUGUGUAAUUUGGUCCAACUUAAAGGAUAGGAUACUUUUUAUAUCGUUUAAUUACUUCAAUAUAUUUUUUUAUUUUAAAUUGAAUGCUUUUAUUUGUAACUUCGAUAAGUUUCUAACAGAUGGCGGUGUAAGUUAGUUUAUUAACCGACACUUUAACAUUUUACGUUAUCUAGGUUGGGUAAGCAGCCAAUAGAUGGCGCAAUGAUUCAAUUUCUUGAUGCUACAAUCUAUUUCACAUCACAUGUGUUUUCCAAAUAUGUGAUACUCCUAUAUUGCUAUCUGCCUCUACCUCGAAAUAAGUGGCACGUGGCAAAUACACGUGUGCAGACAUAUAUUUUUGUCUCACAGAGAGCAGAGAACGUUCUCAGCAUUGCGCGUGCGCCGGAAAGGAGUGCUUAAGUAAAUAUACAGAAGCCUCUCACGCGGCUAGUAAUAUAGGGGUAUUACAUAUAUGGUGUUUUUUAAGACCUUCAAAAUGUUACAUUUCAAUUUUUUUUUAAAUAAUAGCGCACCUUUUUACAAAAUUCCAUGGUUUUUUUUAAAUUUCCUGAAUUUCUGGGAUUUGUAGCAACUCUGUGAGAUUAAGAAACGAAUUUUUUGAAUGCAAAUUGUCUCUAACAUGAAUUCAAACUUUGAAGUUUAUGAAUUUCCCAUUAUUAUUUUAUAGCGUUAAAACAGUGUGCGAUUUUAUGUUUCAUCUAGUAUUCAGCAUUACAUUUUAUGAAACUAUUUUCCAUAUAGUGCGAAAUAAAAACAUAUUUAUAUAACUAAAAAAAAAGUUUGCAUUCAAUUCAAUAAACCGCUAUAAAAUUAUUUCCU